UAGUCUCUCUCUCCAAACAGACUUCGACGAGGAAAGUUCUUCUUCAGCUUAGUCGAUCUGCAAAUGCAAAGCGACAACUCCUCUAAGGCCUACGGUGACCAUGACACUGACGGCCAGAACCGCCAAAACGAUAAUGUUUACCCGUCUCCCUCCUCCUCCCCAUCCAACUCCAUUUUUCCUAUCUACAGCCCCCGCAUCCUCAUGCAACAGCACCAAGACAUGAUAAACCGCCAUACCCUCUGCUUGACGCGUCUCCGCGAAGCUGCAAAAGAAGCCGAAUCACUCCGUCAAGAGAACGCGGCACUCCGAUCUGUCAAUCGCGAGCUCAACAAGCAACUAAGCAGCAUAAUCCAAGCCUCUGUUCAAAGCCACUUCGCAUCCUCCGAUUACAACACAACGCCGCUUGAGGUGGUUAAUGCAUUUCGUGGACUUUGUAUCGGUGGCUUUGGUGGUGGAGAAGAGGAUGCCUCUGAUGAAAGCCCAACGAGUGUGAUGGAGAGUCCUGCCGUGGAUGUGGAGAGGGUUCUGUUGCCAAAGAGCAUCUCUGUGAGAUCCAAUGGAUAUUUGAAGAUGAUGACCCAGGGGAGCGAGAGUCAUGGUGGUAAAACUCGGGGAGCAGCUCCGCCUGGGAAAGCCAGUCAACUCAGUGGAGCGCAAAAGGUGUACGUGCAAGGAGGGAAGAAGGAGGAAGAGCCACUUGAGCUGGAAGUGUACAACCAAGGCAUGUACAAGACCGAACUCUGCAACAAAUGGCAAGAGACUGGUGCUUGCCCAUAUGGUGACCACUGCCAAUUUGCUCACGGUAUUGAGCAGCUCCGUCCUGUCAUCCGCCAUCCUCGCUACAAGACCGAGGUUUGCAGAAUGGUCCUUGCCGGUCAAGUCUGUCCCUAUGGCCACAGAUGCCACUUCCGUCAUGCACUCACUGAACAGGAGAGGUUCAUGGAUCGCAUGAAGCCCAGGGCCGUUAAACUUGACAGGUAAAAUUACUGCUGCUGGUUAUCAUCACUGGCAUGGGAUGAUACUUUUGGAAAAUUUUAGAUGUUCACUGAGACUGGUUAAGUAAUAUUCAUUUUGUAAAAAGUAUAGGUAUACAAUAUUGGACUUGUAGAAAACGGGAAUAAUUAGCAUAAUAAAGCAUAAUAAACAAGUUAGGAAAGCUGGAGCUUUGGAGAGGCUUUGUGGCCCCCACGGGAGGGAGAUUAAAGAUUUGGUGAGGAUACUCGCUUGGCUCUUUUUGAUUGAUUUCUUCUCCUUUUUGGUAUGACAUUUGCAGUGUAAUGUACUCAAACUUGGAUGUUCGGUGAACUUGGACCAAAACAACCCAUAUAAAA